CGAAAAUAAAGCCACUCCACAGCAGGUUAGUCUCCACUCAUCAGCACCAGCACAUCAGCAUCACAGCGAUGAGUUCAGACAACGCGGAAGUGAUGCCAGCACCAGCAAAACGAGUGUUCAUCAGUCUCCCAAAGAAAUUCAUUCCUGGUUUGAGUGAGAACUAUGAACUGGACCAUGGACUGCUUAUAAGAGACCUGAAUCCCUUCAUAAAUGAGGGAUACAUAGUGGUUUACUUUAGAGAAUGGGGAACCGUCACAUCGUGUAAGGUUAAGAAGAUCCCCAACUCUGAUAAGACACUGGCCUAUGUGCUGUUUUCUUCAGAGGAUGAAGCAGACAGAGCUGACUGGGCUGGUCCUCAUUAUAUCGGCGGCAUGGAAGUGAGCGUGAGACGAAUUGUUAGUCCGAAGUGUGAGGGCGACACAGGCGAAGAGUUGGCUGCAGCUGCUACAAAACCUCCAGCACGCCGCUCAAUGGGCCUGGGCUACAUUCUGGAAGAUGCUCAGUGGUUGGAUGACGAAUGAUAUGAAGGACUAAACAAAGGACUCUUUCACCACACCAGUGUAAUAUUUUAGAAGGAUAUGCGUGUUUCAGAGCACAUACUAACACAUAUGUAUCUGUUUAUAUAGCUAUGAUAUGCUGCUAUAAUGCUGCUAUAAGUGCAUAAUGCUGUAUAUAUAUUAUAUAUAUAUAUCGUGAACCAGGGAUAUUGUUGUAAUAUAUUGUAUAAAUGAAAUAGUCAUUCUGUCUUUUCUGCAGUGUUUAGCUGCAGAAAUAAUGGUUAAAUAUCUCAAACUAUAAGCCUAUGGUGUGAGAAUAAAAAUAUGA